AUGUUCAGAGUAUUGAACGACGAUGUUUACAGUACAGCCGAGAUACAACAACAAAAUCCUCUCGCCUUUGGGAAAGCCUCUUCCUUGUUCAUAGACCAUCGCAGCGCAAAUGAUCAGUGUGAAACGGGAGAAAAUGUUAGGGACAGCGGCCAGGACCACGUCAAGCGACCCAUGAACGCGUUCAUUGUGUGGUCUCGUGAACGAAGACGAAAGGUGGCUCUAGAGAAUCCCAAAAUGCAAAACUCAGAGAUCAGCAAGCAGCUGGGGUAUGAGUGGAAAAGGCUUACAGAUGCUGAAAAGCGCCCAUUCUUUGAGGAGGCACAGAGACUACUAGCCAUACACAGAGACAAAUACCCGGGCUAUAAAUAUCGACCUCGUCGGAAAACGAAGAGGCAACAGAAAUUGCUUCCUGCAGACUCUUCAAUACUACGCAAACAGAUGCAUGUAGAGACAUUGCAGCCCUUCACAUACAGGGACGGUUGUGCCAAGACCACAUGCUCACGAAUGGAAAGCCAGUUAAGCCUCUCACAGUCUGUGACCAUAACCAAUUCAUUCCUCCAAAAGGAGCAUCACAGCAGCUGGACAAACCUGGGCCACAAUAGGGUAACAUUGGCUACACAGAUUUCCUCGGACUUUCCCUUUUAUCAAAGUUUACAGCCUGGACUUUCUUGCGCUUAUUUUCAAUACUGA